AUUGUUGACAUCCAUCAUCGUCAGAGCGUGAUCCACCGGACGUGCAGAGCGUGAGAGACAGAGACACUUCGAUGCACCUCGAUCAUGACAGGAAUCGUCGUACAAUUGCUCAGGGUAAGGGCUCAGAAGUGGCCAGUUUAUCCUGUGCAGCCUGUGAGAAGAAAUACACACAAUAUGACCAGCAAUUUCUACCAAAAAUGGGCAUUACAUACACCUGUUCCUCAGGGCCCCCAUGUUGUUGGGUGUGCAGAUAUCCUGGUAGGUAAAACUGCCGAGGGAACUUUGAUGAGACUCUUUUAUCCAUCCAAAGUAAAAGACCUUAUGAGUCAGAAAGAGAACUGGACACCUUGGCACCUUGGAGAUGAGUAUACAAGAGGGCUGGCUUCCUUCAUUGCUCCUGCCAUACCUUCUCUCUUUAGCAUGUUAUUCAACUGGCAAACAGGAAAUGCAACUACAGCAGCUGUUUGGGAACCUCCUAUGGCUGAGGGUAAAUUUCCCAUCGUGGUGUUUGCCCAUGGCCUGGGUGCCAAUCGCUCCAUCUACAGCACUGUUUGUAGUGAACUUGCGUCACAUGGUUUUGCGGUAGCAGCUAUAGAGCACAGAGACAGUUCUGCAUGUGCGUCAUUCACAAUCAAUGACAAAGGAGAGAAGGAAUUCAUUCUCUUUAAAGCUCUUACCCCAGGAACUAAGGAAUAUGAACUCAGGAACAGCCAGCUAAAAGUACGGGUAAAAGAAGGCAUCAGAGCACUAGAUGUCUUGGAAAAGCUCAACAGUGGGGGUGUAAAAAAUGAUUUGACCUCCACAUUUGACCUGGAGCAGCUUGCUGGUCGUCUUGACCUUUCCAAGCCUAUUAUGGCAGGGCAUUCCUUUGGGGGUGCAACAACGCUUUGCAUUCUAGCGGAGGACAAAAGAUUCACGAUGGGAGUUGCUCUAGACCCGUGGAUGUUCCCUAUCAAAGUAGAAAUCGACACUUUAGCACCAAAAAUAACGCAGCCUUUGCUCUGCAUAAACACUGAGGCGUUCCAGGCCGAAGCCAACAUGAAUGCCAUGAGGAAGCUGAAUGGUGACACAACAACUUUUGUAACGAUAAAGGGAACAGUACACCAGAACCAGUGUGACACCCCAUACCUGGUAGGCCCCAUCGGUCGCAUCUUUGCUGGGGCUUCCUCUCCUCUUGAUCCUCUAAUGGCCAACGAUAUCAACAACAGAAUAAUGAUCAAUUACAUCUGCAAGAAUCUUGGAAUCAGACUAGAACUUCAGAAAAGAUGUGAGGCUUUCCUGUCAGAGAGAGAGAGUUCCAUUGUAUAUGGUCUGUAUGUAAAGAGACGUAUUUUGCAGUCAAAGCUGUAAAUUGUUAUGGAGACUGAAUUACUGGCAAAGCCAGAUAUGUUACGGUUAUUGCUAUUUUUGAGCUUUUAAAAAAAAUUACUUAAGGGAGAUUUGUUUUCUGUUGAAUCUUUCAAAACUAUUGUAAGUAUUAGGAAAUGAUAGUUUGAAAUAGUUAUUUCAUUUGUCUCAUAAAGUAAAGUUAGUCUUUGUGAAUAUCCUUUAAAAAUGCAGUUAAUUUCUUUAAUGUCUUAGAGAAAAGAAAAAGUAAAACCAAAGAAUUAUGAAACACAAUGCAGAAAAAAUUCUGGGCAAUAGUAAUCAUAUGGGCAUUCAAACUUUUUAACCCAUUAAUACAUGGGGUGGCAUUUACAUACAUGAUGUGUCCACUAUAAGUUUAGUUUAUUAAUUGUGUUCCACAAGUGCUUAGUUACCAAGAAGUUAAUCACUAGUCCUACAUAUAGCAGCUGUUUACCCUUUUCCUUGAUUUCCAAAAAAUAUUUGUUUUUAUUUUAUAUUGCUAUAAUAGUUAUCAUAUCAAUAAUGAUAAAAACAGUAGUAAGGGAAAAAAAAUCCCAAAAGGAAAGGAGGAAUCUGAUGAGGUCACUAACACAGUUCACAAAACAAAACAACAGUGGACAUUACAUGUUUCUUGUGGCAUUGGAUAAAACAAUUUUAUUGGUGCUUUUAUGUGCAUUUGGUAUGAUAUUCCUUAUAUACUUGUAUGAAAAGGAAGGUAAGUGUUUGCGUAAUACAUUAGUUUCUUUCUGAAUAUAGAUUUUAGAUUACAAGUGUUACGAUUGUAUAUGAAAAAUAAUUUCUGUAUAA